GAAGUGUUGCAGGUCGCCCGAUGCUUGACACUUUUCUGAUGCCGGGCAUUAAUAUUGUUUACAAACAAAAAUAACAAUUAAAUAAAGAAAAACAUGAAGAUAGCGAUAGAAGGAUGUGCGCACGGCGAACUGGAGCGCAUCUACGACACCAUAGCAUGCAUUGAGAAGGAGAGCAACACAAAGAUCGAUCUGCUGCUAUGCUGCGGCGACUUUCAAUCCACGCGCAACCUGGAGGAUUUACAGACGAUGGCUGUACCAAAAAAGUACCUGGACAUAUGUACCUUUUACAAAUAUUACAGCGGUGAGUGCGUGGCCCCCGUGCUGACCAUAUUCAUAGGAGGGAACCACGAGGCGUCGAACUAUCUGCAGGAGCUUCCCUACGGAGGCUGGGUGGCUCCGAAUAUAUACUAUCUGGGCUAUGCUGGCGUGGUCAAUGUGAACGGCGUUCGUAUUGCAGGCAUCAGCGGCAUCUUCAAGGGGCACGACUUUCUGCGUGGCCAUCACGAAUUCCCGCCCUACACGGAAUCCACAUGUCGCAGUGUCUAUCACGUGCGCCAGCUGGAGGUGUUCCGGCUGAAGCAGCUCUCGGGGAAGGUAGAUAUCUUCCUGUCGCACGAUUGGCCCACCGGCAUUUACGAGUACGGCAACAAGGCCCAGCUGCUUCGCAAGAAGCCCUACUUUGCGGCUGAUAUGGAGAGCGGACAGCUGGGCAGUCGGCCGCUGGAGGAGUUGCUGAAGGCGGUGCAGCCCACCUACUGGUUUGCCGCACAUUUGCAUUGCAAAUUUGCCGCCCUCGUGCCACACAAUGGCAGCAAAGCCCCAACCAAAGUGGGAGACUGCGCUUCAAGCAGCAGCAGCAGCAGUGAGAGCGAAGAUGAGGAGGGCACUCGAGGCUCGAGGCUGCCACCCAAACCAGUGGCUGUCACAAAGUUUCUUGCUCUGGACAAAUGCCUGCCCCGACGAGCAUUUCUCCAAGUGCUGGACAUACCCAGCGAAGCGAUUGCGGGCAAUCCCCCCACGUUCGAGUACGAUGCCGAGUGGUUGGCCAUUCUGCAGAGCACCAAUCAUCUCAUCUCGGUGAAGGAAAACUACUACUACCUGCCGGGCAAGAAGGCUGGCGCCAUCACGGAGCGCUUUAAUUUCACACCCACCGAGGAGGAGCUGUCCUCGUUGACCGCCAAAUUCCAGAGCCUCAAGAUACCGGAGAACUUUCAGCGAACGGUGCCUGCGUUCGACCCGCAAGAGCACUCCAACUACAAGCAUUCGGUCGUGGGUCAACCCAAGGCCCACCUGAACCCGCAGAGCAACACAUUCUGUGCCGCCUUGGGUGUGGAUGAUCCACUCUGUCUGGCGCUGCUGGCCAAUGGCAAGGAUCUGCCAGCAGUUGCAAUCGCAGACGUAGAGCAGAAGCCAGAGGAAACCAUUCAGGUUCAGGUUGAAGAACCUAUCGACGAGAGCGCCUCCUCCCCUCCUCCAACUGAGCCACUGGUGACACCUUCCAAACGAAAACUGAACCUGUCCCUGCCAGCGCCGACAGUUACAGCAGAAAAAGACGACAACGUGAUAGAUCUGCCCGAGGAAGAUGAGGAAGUGGAGACAGCAGAGCCGACAAUCGAAGCAGAGGCAGUCGAGGAAACACCGCCAGCGCCCAGUAGUCCACCCAGCGUCAAGAAGCUGAAGCGUCGGAACCAGAACAUCUAUCAAGCCGAAGACGAUGACUGAAUGACUGAAUUCCAAUAACAUAUUCCGUGAUUGCGGAACGAACUUAAAAAAAAGAGGAAGGCAAAUUUAUUGAAAUAACACAGAA